AUGAGUCAGAGUUGUUGUGAUUUACGUAAACGUUGGGACAAUCUUGUUGGUAAAUCUGAACAAGAAGCAGUCGAAGCAAUAAAACAAGAUGGUGAAGAAAAUAUUGAAGUAGUCGAUGAUGAUUCACCAGAAUCUCUUGCUCCGAUUAAAAGUGGUUUUGUACGCGUCAUCUUAGACGAAAACAAAAAUGUUAAAUAUGCACCACUUCGUCAAAAUUAA